AGUAAGUACCAUUUUACGGCACCGGACGAAUCUCCACGGAUGUUCCACAUGUCUUAAAAUGAUGAGGAACGUGAGAGUGUGACAGCCUACUACAUGAUAGAUCAAUAUCGCUUCGCACUUAAUCGAAAUAAGCUAUGGGCAAAAGUAAGAAUAACAAAUUUAGACGUCCACAGUUCAACGCAGAGGGACUGUCGGUAACUGCUGUAAAGGAAAUGGAACCGGACCACGGUGAAGUCUUCGAUGGAGUCGACUCUCCAACUGGGGAGUUACUGGAGAAAUUGCAGAGUCCCAGUGCAGACAUGCGUGAGUUUGCCUGUGCCAGCAUAUCACGCCUCGUGCAACAGAGCCAGACCAUCCCAGGCUUCCUCCAGCGGGAUGCGGUGAGACGUCUCGGGCCCCUAAUGCUGGAUCGCAGCCUGGCCGUCAGGGAGACUGCCACAGGGGCACUCAGGAACCUGAGUGCCUGUGGGGGUCAUGAGGUGUGUGACGACAUGGUGAAACAGGACGUCAUGACUCCUCUGACUGCUCUGCUUCGAGAGUGCUGUGCUGGGUUUGAAACCAACGCUGCCCUCUCGUUAAAAGGGCAGAAAAACACAGUGGAAGAUGUAGCCAAUGAAGCAGUUAACUUGCUGUGGAAUCUCUGUGAGAGCAGUAGCCAGGCACUCUCUGUGUUCAACAAAGCAGGCAUUCUGGAUGUUAUCCUACAGUGUCUGGAGCGACACACUCACAACAUCAAGCUGGCUUUGUCUGCAGCCCACUGUUUGCACACAGUGACUGAGGACAACGCAGAGUUGCUGUGUAGUAUGAACAAUGCUGUAUUAGGGACUCUAGAGAGUGUGCUGCUAUCCUCACAGGCGGACAUGGCUCACACACUGCUCAGGACACUGGCUGCAGGGUCAGUGUGGAACCUGAAGAGCAGCCUGCCCACGGCCCACCAGGCUCAGACCCUCACCACCCUGAUGGCCACCCUGUCCCAGUGCUUGGAGCUGGAUGCUGGCACACUGAUACCCCAGCUCCGCCAGGCUGAGGUGGCCCGCAGUGCCACUGCCUCAGAGGCAGGGAACAUGGAGGACCACCAGGCAGCUGCAGGGAAUAUGCCUGUAGAGGAGAUGGAGGAUGAUGAGGAGGAGGGGGUUGGACUGAGGAGGAAUGGAAAGGCAACCAAGAUAGAUACAGACUUCUCUGACCUCCUGCCUAGGGGCAAGGAGGAGCUGAGGGAGGCGACGGCCUUGCUGACAGCCCAGCAGACGUCCUUGGAGAUCAUCGUCAACAUGUGCUGCUCUGAUGACCCGUCAGACGAUGAGUGGGAGGAGGCGUCGAGCAGCGACGAGAGUGAGAUGUGUCCUGACGGCCUCUCUGAAGGGAACACCAGCCUCCUGUCCCCACUGUGUCUGUCUGCUGAGGUCCACACGGCUCUGAUCAACCACAACAUCCCAGAGAAGGUUCUCAAGAAGACCCAGUUCCCCAGCAGCGAGGCGAUGGACGUAUGUCGUCACAAUCCCACCUGGAAAAUCUUGAUAAAAAAGAUGCAUCGGGUGCAGUACAGGGCCCUGACGUGCCUUCACAACAUGCUGUCUACUAUGGACGCUGAGUCCCUAGGGGGAGCAGCAGCUCUUCAGGCUGUCGCACAACACCUGUCCACGCUGGUCUUCAGUCCUCCAGAGAUCCCUAAGGAGGAGGAAUUCCUUGAGGCAGUUACCAGUGCCAUGCGAUCCCUCUUACAGAUCAUAGCCUAUAUGAAAAUCCCACAGUGUAUGACCCCCCAGCAGCUGAUGAGCCUGAGCGAGGCAGCGACCUGCUGUGACGUGGUCAGUGUGAGAGUGAACGCUCUGGCCAUCCUAGGCAUCACAGGAAGCACACUGGCUAAAGAGAAUGGGACAGCUGAAACUCUACAGAUGAUUGGCAAUGCCUUACUCCAAGUUGCAACAAAGGAUGCCAACCUUGUGGUUUGUGGAGAAGCCCUGGAUGCUCUGUUUGAUGUUUUUGCGGAUGGAGACGAGGCAGAGAGGGCAGCUGAAAACAUCAACUUACUGUCUGCUCUGAAGGCACUUCAACCUGUCUUCAAGGCUAAGAUUCGUAAAGAGGGGAAGGGAAAGUACAGCCCUGAGCAGCUGUGUGUGCUGGACAACAUCAAAGUCAACCUAAGAAGGUUUAUUGGCUACUUGGAGACUGUGGUGAAAAAAUGAUAGCAGCCUGACACUACUACACCAUCUGGCUGAGAUUAAAUGACUCAGAAUAUACAGUACAAUAGACCCUCAUUAAAGGGACUGUUCAGUCCAAAAAUCAUUGUUUUGGAGUGAACUAUCCCUUUAACAUCUAUAUAACUGAUUUUCAUGUUGGUUAUCUUUUUGUUUUAACUGAAAUGCGUAACUAUUGUCCUUGCUAAGUGAGUGUUUACAUAAUUAUGUGUACAAAAAAGAAAGAGGUUCACUAUUUUAAAUGAAUGAAUGUUGCAGUACAUAGUGACAAAUUAUUUUACAUUUACAUUAUUAUUUUAUGCAUAAAAGUACAUUUCAAUGUGCUGUAUUUUAAAGAAAUUGACAGAACAUAUGGUUUAUUUUACACAUAUUUAUCAACCAACUUUCAAGUCACACACUAUCAUACUGUAGCCCUCCAUGUUAGGAAUGACCAGUUGUAGUCACACAAGAAUCCGCUAACUGACCCCAUGUCAUGUCCAAAAUGAGAUCGACAGGCCCAGUGUCAACUGAUCAUGUGAGAUGUGAAUAAAGCAGAACUCGCCAUCCAUUUA